CCAGAGGCCCGGGAGUGCGCGGCCCACGUCAGGGGAAUCGGGGAUAAAUAGGUCGCGCCAUGGCCGGGCCGGCCGCGCUCCGAGCUGCCCCGGGCGGUGCGCGCCCCCGAGGCCGAGCGCUGCUGCCAGUGCGCCAACCGCGGAGCUUAGCCAAGGUGGGGAGGGGACCUCUCUUGCAACCCCGAGGACUUGCUCCAGCUCCUCCGGCUCCUCUCGGGAGACUCGGCUGCCUAGACCCCGCGGGGCGCGGAGCGCGAAAGCAGCGCCAUGCUCCCGUGUGUCCUCGUCGCGCUGCUCCUCUGGUUGCCCCUGGCGCCCGGCGUGCGCGGUGCGCCCUGCGAGGCGGUGCGCAUUCCCAUGUGCCGCGCGAUGCCCUGGAACCUCACGCGGAUGCCCAACCACCUGCACCACAGCACGCAGGAGAACGCCGUGCUGGCCAUCGAGCAGUACGAGGAGCUGGUGGACGCCAACUGCAGCGCCGUGCUCCGCUUCUUUCUGUGCGCUAUGUACGCGCCCAUCUGCGCGCUCGAGUUCCUGCACGACCCCAUCAAGCCCUGCAAGUCUGUGUGUCAGCGCGCGCGCGACGGCUGCGAGCCGCUCAUGAAUCUCUACAACCACAGCUGGCCCGAGAGCCUGGCCUGCGACGAGCUCCCUGUCUACGACCGCGGCGUGUGCAUCUCACCUGAGGCCAUCGUCACCGACCUUCCUGAGGAUGCAAAGUGGCUAGAUGUCACCCCAGAUAUGAUGGUUCAAGAAAGGCCACUGGAUGUGGACUGCAAGCGCCUCAGCCCUGAUCGGUGCAAGUGUAAAAAAGUGAAGCCAACUUUGGCAACGUACCUGAGCAAGAACUACAGCUAUGUUAUUCAUGCCAAAAUCAAGGCCGUGCAGAGGAGUGGCUGCAGUGAAGUCACCACGGUGGUGGACGUCAAAGAGAUCUUCAAGUCCUCAUCCCCCAUCCCGCGGACACAAGUCCCACUUAUCACGAAUUCCUCCUGCCAGUGUCCUCACAUCCUGCCGCAUCAAGACGUCCUCAUCAUGUGUUAUGAGUGGCGCUCAAGGAUGAUGCUUCUUGAAAAUUGCUUAGUAGAAAAAUGGAGGGACCAACUUAGUAAAAGAUCCAUACAGUGGGAAGAGAGGCUUCAGGAGCAGCGAAGAACAGUUCAGGACAAGAAGCGAACAGCUGGACGCACAAGUCGUAGUAACCCACCCAAGCCAAAGGGAAAGCCUCCUGCUCCGAAACUCACCAGCCCUAAGAAGAACAUUAAAGCUAGAAGCGCACAAAGGAAGACAAACUCGAAGAGAGUGUAACUAACUGCCUUCAGCAAUGGAGAUUUCCUGAUGGCCUGAGGCCAGGCCUUGCCUGGGACAGCCCAUGGAAGGCUACACGCGCCUUGCCUUACGGAUUUAAGCAGUCCUGUUCAUAGAUACAUCUUGCAGCAUUCUAUAUAAUGGUUUGCUUCCAUUUUUCCUUUUAACCCAGUACAAGUCAUAUGGGUGGUUGGCACACUGCCAUGGCAGGUGUAAUAAUUAAAGCUGGUAGAAAACAUUUUGGGGUGUGGAGUGGCCUGGUGCAUACCCUUUUGGCCUACAUGUAGGAGAAAUAGGCUUUUGUUUUUACUGUUUGACCUAAUAUGUGCAUUGUAAAAUUAAUGCCAUAUUUGAAAGAAAACACUUUUUUUAAAAGAAAUAUUUUAUUUCCAUUUGACUUUCUCUUAGAACAUUAAUAUGUUAAAAUGUGACUGAAAAUAUAAUGAUUCUGAUGAGAGCGAGAGAAAUGAACAUUGAUGAGAACUUUAUAUGUUUAUUAUCUAUGGAAGGAAUGGGAACUUUUGAAAAAUCUGGAGAGUAGGAUGUGAAAAUUGUAAUGAGUGUUUGUCAGAAGACUUUCAGCUCUGUUUUUAGUUAGAAAUGCUAAAAACUAAAACAAUAGUGACAAAUAAA